CGCUAGCAACUGCAACUGGAACUGCAACUGCCAGCCCAACCGCAACCGCAACCGCCGCUGCGCCCUAACUUCACAACAGCAACAACGUUAACGGAGAGCCACAUUCAAUACAUGGAACAUGGGCGACAUCUCCCAGGCGGACGUCGACACCGUCGCAGCCAUUGACCUAAGUAUCUUGAAAAGCAGUUCCACCAAUGGCCGUAUUGAAGCCCUUCGAAAACUGCUCCAUGCAAUUCAAUCCUCCAGUAAUGAGGCUGAUCCCAAGCCUUUGCUGACGCCCCUUCCUGCAAUCCUUGCGACAUAUCCACGCUAUGCUGACAGAAAAUCCCGUCGUGCUGUCCAGGCUUGCCUCGCCGCCUAUCUAACUUCCCCUACCCUUUGCGAAACAACAUUGCCUGCUGUAACCAAGUACAUUCUACAAGAAAGUCAAAAGGCUGUCAUUGCUCCUGGAAAUGCCUUUGUCCUGCUCGAAUGGGCUUGCCUCGCCCAACAACAGUCUCCUCGAUGUCCAAAGUCAUUCGAUUCGACCUUUGGAAAGAUUUGCCUGGCUGCAGCCUCUCUUGUGGAUAAGUGCGCCGCCUCCGGAGUUCGUGGAGGCUUGCAGCAUUCUGCCCUCACAAUUGCCAGAAGAGGCUUACGUGAUGUCUUCAAGAAUCAAGCCUUCGGCGACAAAGCCUUGAACCUUGCAGUCAGCGAUAUUUGUACCCGCCCAGAUGCAAAUUCGAGGUUUGCCCCUUAUCUUGGAGUCAUAUCAGGUGUCAGUGCUCGAAUUCCAGACCGAAAAAUGCAAUUCGAGACCUUGAAGAGUCAGAUUCUGGACUUCUAUGUGAAGCACGUGAUCGGGUCCAAGUUCCCUGUCCCUGUUCAUGAAGCACGCGGUCUGCAAGAUUUCUUUGCAUUUGUGUCCUCUGCACAAUUCGAGACCGUCAUUGCUCCUGCAGUCGAAAAGGCCAUUCUCAGAUCCCCAGAGGCCGUUCUUCAAGGUCCAAUCGUUGAGCUCGCUUUGGCCGCUCCUCCAGACAUCGACCUUUCUGCAACGCUUCUAUCGCCGUUGUUGAAACCACUUAUUUCUUCUCUGAACUCUGCCAAUCCCACAGUCCGAGAAGGUGCUGGCAAGUCCCUCGUAGCUCUCGCUAAAAGGGGUGGAGAUCAAAUUGUACUCGAGAAACUUGCAGGGGAAUUUACAUCCGCUCUCAAAUCUUCAAAGACUCCAGCCUUUGAACUGCGUGGUGUAGUUGCAGAUGCUUUGCGGGUGAUGCAACCACAAAAAACCACCUCUUCAAUCAUUGUCACAGCACUCGUUUCAGUGGCAAGCAAGGAGGCCAAUGAAGGUGCUCUUAGGCGAGAGCUCUCUGCCUUGUCGGAGCAUCUGACGCUGAUUGUUUCUGGGUUUGCCGUGGACAAGAGUGUUUCGGACCUCAUUAUGAAAGGAUGCGGUGACAAGCGCCCAAUCUUUCGGAAACUAUGGAUUCUUUCGGUGGCUGGCAUUCUGAAACAUCUCAAUCAGGCACCAGUUGAAGACUCUUCCACUGAUUUUGUCAAGUCUGCUCUCAAGGUAUUGAGGGACGCAUAUGAUGAGAUAGCGCCAAAUCCCCUACCAGCGUCUCAGAAUGGCAACGUCGCAGCAGCCUUUGGCUUGCCUGCUCUAUUGUAUACGUCAGUUCUAAGAUCGCCUACAACUGAAUCCAAGGUGUAUGACCAAAUUCGGCAACAAGUCUUGGUGGACGACCUGGAACAUUCAUUCUUGCUGAACCCCAAGGUCUAUGCCCGCCUCUCCUCAGCCGAUGAUUUCUGGUGGGCGUUGCAGGCUUUGGCAUCAUUUGCUCCUUCGUUAGGGAAAGCCCCGGCCGGCGCCAGGAUUGCUUGGUCGAAAGCCAUUCUCCACUUGAUGUUGACGCCCGAGGUCGACCCAAAAGUCCGACAGGAGACCGGCCUUGUCUUAUCGCAGAUAUACAAUGACCACCCCGCCUCUAUCGGUCAAAGUAUCAUCCUAGGAAUAUGGGAUUUGGUACGAUCUCGAUCUGAGGACGUCAGCGGAGGCAACAAGCUACCAUGGGACCAUCGACUGCUCUACCCCAUAAAAUGUAUUACGCCGACAAAAGUGAGUUCUGCCAACCCUUCAAACCAGGAGUUUGUCGCAAUAUUGGAAAAGCAGUCAAUCUCCAUGGCUGUUCUCCUCCGCCCGGAACUCAUAGCCGAUGCAGACUGGAUCGCCAAUUGCCUAAAUAUGGGCAUCGAUCCUGGCAAAUUAACUGAGAACCGGCAUGAUGAUCUUUUGAUAGAGCUCAUGUCACAGUUCAGAGAGCCAAAACUUGCACGAUUGAACACGAUCGAGGUGGCCACCUGCAACGCCGCUGCCACACUUUCCUUUGUAGCACCAGACACAUUCACGCCUCUACUUGUGGCUCAGAUUCGCAACGACCUACGGCCCGAACAGCUCGAUGGCAUCGGCCCGACUGAGGCGCUGAUAGCACGAGCGCCAGAAGGGGAGGUUUUUGUUGAUGUGCUUGCCGGGCAGACCACCGGAGAGCUCCAGAACAAGAAUCAAAAGGACUACGAGGUCCUCAAGUGGGAAGAGGAGGUCCGGUCGCAGCUGCAGAAGAAAAAGGGCGCAGGCCAGAAAAAGCUGACACCGGAUCAGCAGGCCAAAGUGAAAGCACAGCUGGAACACGAAACCUCCAUCCGGGCCAACGUCAGAUCUGUGUCUUUGGCCGUCAGACGAGGUGCAAAGUUCAUUGAAGGCCUAGCCAAAGGUCCUCCCACGGACGCCGGAACAUGGAUGUCACCCACUGUCAUGUCCCUGAUCGCUGCGCUAGAUCACGGCGCAGCCCUUGUUGUCGAUGAUGAGCUAGUUUCUGCAUUUAUUGCUUGUGCUGAUCGGAUUUCCGAACGCCUGGGGACUUUACGGCCGUUUAUUGGCAUCGCUAUUCUCAGGUCUCAGCGCAAUGCGAAUGUUCCCGAGCAUCUCACGUCUGAGCCACUUGCGGAACUCGGCACCAGACUCCUCUACCGACUGAGGUUCGGCGCGGAACAGAGGCCAUUCGAUACUGCAACAACAGCUUAUGUACUUCCUCUGAUUUUCUCUGUACUGGAGAACGGCAGAAUUGGUGAUGUCUCAGGUGACGAUGCAGAUGCCCAAGUUUUGCUGGCGCUCGAGUUUCUCUCUUAUCAGACCAGCUCUGGAGCCGACCAAAAUCUUCCGAGGGCUGAUAUCUUGCGCCACUUGAUCGACGCUAUGCAGAAGUACAACCAGCAUUACAGGGUGAUCAAGGACUGUCUAUUCGAAUUCUGCCGUUCGAUCUCGGUGAAUCUAAGCUCCACCGAGCGAGAAAUUCUCCUUUCUGCAACCACUGUGUCUGAGAGCUCCGUGCGUUUCGCUGUACUCCAGGCAAUACAGUCAGAGAUUGAAUUAACGGAUAUUGAGUUUUCGGUCAACAUCUGGAUCGCGUGUCAAGAUGUGGAGGAUGAAAACUCCGAGAUGGCCCUAGCCAUAUGGGAAGAGAAUGGCUUUGUCGUUACAGCGGAUCUGAUUGACCGCAUUCCAGACUUUCUUUCAUCCCCUGCCCGGUCGACACGGUCUGCUGCCUCAAAAGCUCUUUCCCAGGCGCUACAACACAUCAAAACAAAGACGAAUGAAAUGCUGUCAAGACUCGAGGAUCUGUACAGGACCGAAGCGCAACCGCUUGUCCCGAAGCGAAAUAGGUUUGGCAUCGUACAGAAAGGAGAACUUAUCGACCGAUGGGAGACGCGGAGUGGGAUCGCUCUCGCAUUUAAGGAGAUGUCUUCGGUGUUGGCCAUUGAUGCACUCGUUCCUUUCAUGUCGUUCUUGGUCUCUGAUGGGCCACUUUCAGAUCGUCAUCCAAUAGUUCGGGAAGAGAUGGUGGCUGCUGGUACUACCAUGGUUGCCAGCAGGGGCCAAAGCAAGCUAGAGCCUCUCAUGAGUCUCUUCGAGAAGACUCUUCAAGAGCCUGAUAAAGGAACACAAUAUUCGGACUGGGUUAAUGAGGCUGUUAUCGUCCUCUACGGUUCAAUUGCUCGACAUCUGCCCGAUGGCGAUAGACGCACGGAAAAUGUCAUAACAAAACUCCUGGACACCCUAAGCACCCCCUCUGAAUCUGUCCAGUACGCCGUCGCUAAUUGCCUACCACCCCUGGUCCGGCCACAAAGCGUCGAUGCUAGCCCAUAUGUCACUGAGCUUCUGGGACGUCUCUUAGACUCUAAAAAGUACGCAGUACGCCGAGGAGCUGCCUAUGGUCUUGCGGGAAUCGUCAAGGGCAAAGGCGUUGUAGCAUUGCGCCAGCAUCGCAUCAUGUCCGCUCUCAAGAUCGCUACCGAGAACAAAAAGAUUUCGGAGUAUCGUCAGGGUGCCUUGAUGGCAUACGAACUCCUUUCGCUGUUGCUCGGUCGGAUCUUUGAACCCUAUGUGGUUGAGGUGCUCCCACAGUUAUUGGCAUUAUUCGGCGACCCUGUUGCAGCGGUGCGCGAAGCCUGCCUGGAUACCGCGAAGACCUGCUUUGCUAGCCUGAGCUCCUUUGGUGUGAAUCGCGUGUUGCCUCAACUUCUGGAAGGACUGGGAGAGACGCAAUGGCGCAGCAAGAAGGGCGCGUGUGAUCUCCUUGGAGCAAUGGCAUACCUCGAUCCACAACAGCUCGCAACGAGUCUUCCCGACAUCAUACCACCUCUAACAGCGGUGCUCACCGACACUCACAAAGAAGUUCGAGCUGCAGCUAAUAACAGUUUGAAGAGGUUCGGAGAAGUUAUCACGAAUCCCGAAGUCAAGAGCCUUGUGGAUGUCCUGCUGAAAGCCCUCAGUGACCCCACCAAGUAUACCGAAUUUGCUCUGGAUGGGCUCAUCAAGGUUCAAUUCACACACUAUCUCGAUGCUCCUUCGCUGGCAUUGGUGGUCAGAAUAUUGGAACGCGGGUUGAAUGAUCGCUCAGCAACAAAACGCAAGGCAGCGCAAAUCAUUGGCAGUCUAGCCCAUUUGACAGAGAAGCGGGACAUUGUAACACACCUACCGAUCUUGGUAAACGGCCUCCGUCUUGCGUCAAUUGAUCCAGUCCCUGCCACCCGUGCCACAGGAUCUAAGGCUUUGGGAAGUCUGGUUGAGAAGCUUGGAGAGGACGCAUUCCCUGAUCUCAUCCCGAGUCUCAUGUCUUCACUACGUACAGACGCCGGUGCUGGCGACCGCCUUGGUUCAGCCCAAGCUCUCAGCGAGGUCCUUGCUGGUCUCGGCACAGCUCGCUUGGAGGAAACCCUGCCAACCAUCCUUCAAAAUGUUUCAAGCACUCGGGCGACCGUCAGAGAAGGAUUCAUGACUCUUUUCAUCUUCUUACCGGCCUGCUUUGGCAACGCAUUUGCCAGCUAUCUUGCUCAAAUCAUACCUGCAAUCCUCAGUGGCCUUGCGGAUGACGUGGAAGCCAUUCGAGAAACGGCUCUCAGGGCUGGUCGUCUUCUUGUCAAAAACUUUGCUACCAAGGCGAUUGACCUUUUGCUACCAGAGCUGCAGCGAGGCUUAGCUGAUGACAGCUACCGCAUCCGUCUCAGCUCUGUGGAACUGGUUGGGGAUCUGCUCUUCAACCUUACCGGCAUUAGUGCAUCUACAGAGGCUGAAGACGAGGGCGAGAUGGCCACUCAAGCCGGUCAAUCACUUCUUGACGUCCUUGGUGAAGAUCGACGCAAUAGGGUUCUAUCAUCGUUGUACAUCUGCCGUUGCGACACGUCUGGCCUGGUUCGUGCCGCUGCUAUAGCGGUAUGGAAAGCAUUGGUUGCCACUCCACGCACGUUGCGCGAAUUGGUGCCUACCCUUUCUCAAAUGAUCAUCGCUCGACUUGCUUCAUCGAAUAUGGAGCACAAAGUAAUCGCAGCCAACGCGCUUGGAGAUGUGAUACGCAAAGCUGGAGAAGGUGUUUUUGCAUCAUUGCUGCCCACACUUGAGGAGGGUCUUCAGUCAUCUACCGAUCCCGACAGACGACAGGGCAUCUGCAUUGCUCUACGUGAGAUUGUCAGCGCGGCUCAGCCAGAAUCGCUCGAAGAACAUGAAAAGAGGUUGAUCGCCAUAGUGCGACUAGCCUUGACCGACUCUGACGCUGAAGUGCGCGAAGCUGCAGCAGAAUCAUUCGACUCCCUUCAACAAACAUUUGGCAAGCGAGCUGUUGACCAAGUCCUCCCUCACCUACUCAACCUGUUACGAAGUGAGUCGGACGCAGAGAAUGCUCUCUCGGCGCUGCUCACGCUCCUGACGGAGACCACCCGGGCCAAUGUCAUUCUCCCUAAUUUGAUACCCACAUUACUCACGAAUCCUAUUACAGCGUUCAAUGCCAGAGCGCUUGCGUCGCUGGCCAAGGUGGGAAGUUCCAGUAUGACACGGCGUCUGCCUGCUAUCUUAAACAGCCUGGCGGAUAAUAUUGUGGGUUGCAAAGACAUAGACUUGUUAAAAGAUCUCAACGAGGCAUUCGAUGCUGUGCUCAUGUCGGUGGAUGAGUACGACGGUCUAAACACUGCCAUGAGUGUGAUGCUAGCAAUGAUCAAGCAUGACGACCACAGAAGGCGGGCAGUUGCGGCUACUCAUCUCGCUUCUUUCUUUGCGACGCCUGUUGUGGACUAUUCUCGGUACAACCAAGACCUCGUUCGAGUGCUCCUCAUAUCAUUCGGAGAUCGAGACGAAAGCGUCGUCAAGGCAGCAUGGUCUGCGUUGAGUCAAUUACAAUCACAUCUGCGGAAAGAGGAGAUGGAGACGUUGGUCGGCUCGACUCGCCAAGUACUUCAGCAGGCAGGAACUGCAGGAAAUGUCCUCCCUGGAUUUGCAUUACCCAAGGGGAUACUGCCGGUCCUGCAGAUCUUCUUGCAAGGGCUCAUGAACGGCACAACGGAUCAACGAGUCCAAGCAGCGAUGGGAAUCUCAGAUAUUAUUGAUCGAAGUGGCCCGGAUGCGCUGAAGCCGUUUGUAACUCAGAUCACGGGGCCAUUGAUUCGGGUGGUUGGGGAACGGUCGAUGGACGUCAAGUGCGCGAUUCUUUCGACACUCAAUCAGUUGCUUGAGAAGAUUCCGACAUUCCUCCGGCCAUUCCUCCCUCAGUUGCAACGAACCUUUACCAAAUCAAUCGCCGACCCAACAAGCGAUAUACUGCGCGGUCGUGCCACCAAAGCUCUAAGCACACUCAUUACAUUGACACCUAGAGUCGACCCACUCAUUGCAGAGCUGGUAACGGGUGCCAAAACGACGGAUGUGGGGGUCCGCAAUGCAAUGCUCAAAGCCUUACAGGAGGUUGUAAGCAAGGUCGGCGGAAACAUGAGCGACGCGUCACGAGAGUCGAUUCUGGGAUUGAUGGACGUCCAACCCGACUCACAAGACGAGACCAUGGUGGUGACCAACGCUCGCCUACUCGGGGCGAUGAUCAAAGUGCUCCCUGACGACAAGGCAUCGCCACUCAUCCGUGGGCGUGUCUUGGUGCAACCUGCUACGGCUCCCUCGAUCCUCGCUCUCAAUGCGGUGCUCCUCGAAAGUGCAGCAACACUGGUCUCUGGGUACAGAUCGGAGACAGUGAGUGUUUUGGUUUCAAGCACUGGCAGCAAGAACACCUUUGUGCAGCAGAACGCAGUUUUGGCAGUGGGCAAGUAUUUGCUGUCAGAAGGGACAAUCUCGGACAGUGAGACGUGUCAAGCGCUGUUCGAAGCAUUGUCGGAGGUGAUCGCGCCAGGAGGAGACAUUGACUCACGUCGUCUGGCGCUUGUGGUAGUACGUACAGUGGGCAGAUAUCAACCGGAGGAGAUUCGGGAAUUUUUGUCCACACUGGUGCCGCCGACAUUCGCAAGCGUGCGUGAUCCUGUGAUCCCGGUCAAAUUGGCGGCGGAGUCAGCGUUCCUCCAAUUGUUUGGCGUGGUGGACGAGGAGGCGGAGGUGUUUGACCAGUAUAUGGCAGGCCCUGGGAAGGCAUUGGGGAUGGGCCAAGCACGGCCGAUGAGCGAUUAUUUCAAGCGGGUGGCAUUGAGACUGGGUGCUCAGGCGCGGGAGAGGAGGGAGGCUGAGGGCGGUCAGGGCGGACUUGGAUUGAGCUCGGACGAGCAGGAAGAUGAGAGGGAGGUGUGGAGUGUUGGAAAGGUGGAAUUGGGAGAUGUCAAUAUAGACGAGUGAGGAGAAUCACAGGGUGAGAGCGAUGGAAGACGAGCAUGACAAUGUGACCUUUAGGAAGUCGAUAUGAGAUGGGACGAUUCAACAUGCUAGAAAUCCUUCCUUGGAGCGUGCCCUGGGCGUUGUUCUGGUGAACUUGAAGACAUGUAGCUGGUCAGACUGGUCAAUGCGGCCUGGAGGUCGAUGCAGCGAUUCGUUUGACCGAGUUCCACGCGCCCUGAAAGUAUAGUGUAGUCAGCGUAAACAGAGUAUCAUACCUACAUGGUAUGUCUCUCGAAAUGGCAUGAUAGGACUACUGGGCAGGGCGUGAAAGGAAGCGUGGUUCUAGGCUAGGCAAAUGACAUGUUUGUCGAGGGUGAUACAAUCUGGGAGGAAAUUUGGAAUUGAUUUGAG